UCAAAAGUUGUACACAAACAUUAAUCCCCUGGGUGUCGCAUCUGGCAUUCGUUGGAAGAUAGGAAAAUGCUGCAUCAAGGAAUAAUCCUGCGAGAAGGACAUAUAACACGAACUAUUUAUAAUUUGAUUAAAGACAAGCGCUAUGAAGAUGUCAUUGAGUGUAUUAUCAACUUAGGGGAAGCGGCUAACACCCGGGCCGGUUUGUCCACUUUGGGUUAUUGCUACUAUCAUGCCCAGAAAUACGAGGAAGCCGCCACCUGUUAUGAACAACUUUGUACUUUAGUUCCAAAAAUAGCCAAAUACAAAUUUUAUUAUGCGCAAUCUUUGUACCAAGCCGGCAUAUUUGUCGAUGCCCUUAAGGUCUUGAAACAAAUCGGUGAUAAUGUUGAGCUCAAAGAGCAAUGCCUGCAACUGCAGAGUGCUAUUUUGUAUUCGAGCGAAGAUUUUGCUGGAGCCCAAAGUGUGCUCAAUCAACGAACCGGUGGCACUGCGGAAACUUUAAACGAUGAAGGUUGCCUGCUGUAUCAGGCCGACCAGUUCGACAAUGCAGUACAACGUUUCAACACCGCAUUACAAGUGGGUGGUUUCAACCCUCUGAUUGCAUACAAUUUGGCAUUGUCCCAUUUUCGUAAAAAGGAAAAGACACAGGCCAUUGAUUAUACAGCUGAGAUUGUCGAACGCGGUAUAAGGAAUCAUCCGGAAUUGGGUAUUGGAGCUCAAAUAGAUACUGAUGGGAGUGCUCGAAGUGUGGGAAAUCCCAUUACUAUGGCCCUUUCUGGUAUAACACAGGCACUUAAUUUGAAAGCAGCUAUUGAGUAUAACGAUGGAAAUGUCGACUCAGCAAGAGAUGCUCUACUAGAUCUGCCACCAAGAGCUGAAAGUGAAUUAGAUCCAGUGACAUUGCAUAACAUGGCCUUAACGGACCCUCAAGGUCCAGUGGCUGGCUUGAGGAAAUUGGCGUUUCUUCUUGAUUUGGGUCCACCGGCAUGUCCUCGAGAAACAUUUUCCAAUAUUUUGCUCAUUUGUUGCAAACAUGAAAUGUAUGAGACAGCAGCUGAUAUUCUGGCCGAGCAUACGGAUUUGACCUACAAGUAUCUCUCGCAGUAUCUCUAUGAGUUGCUGGAUGCCUUGAUAACAGCCCAGGCCUCUGCGGAAUCGGCUGAAAAGAAGUUGGGUACCUUGGCCUCAAGUCUGGCUGGGAAAUUAAGAAGUUUGGCCGCUAAAGUACAGGAAGUGAGAUCGACCACGGAUCAGAAUGCUUUAAGGACGGCCUUAAAAGAUUACGAAAAUGCAUUAGAGUUGUACCUACCAGUUGUUAUGGCUCGGGCUUGGAUUUCGUGGCGUGAUGAUGAUUUUGUAGGAGCAGAAAGAGAAUUUCGCUCCAGUGCUGAGUUUUGCUCGGAAAAUCCUGUUUGGCGCUUGAAUGCAGGACAUGUUCUCUUCAUGCAGGGUGACAAAUACAAAGAGGCUGCAGCCUUCUACGAGCCCAUAGUCAGGCAACAUGGGGAUGAUAUAAUGACAGUCUCUGCUGCUGUUUUGGCGAAUUUGUGUGUUUCCUACAUCAUGACUUUCCAAAAUGAGGAAGCCGAAGAAUUGAUGCGCAAAGUCGAAAAGGCCGAAGAACUCAAGGGCAACAUGGGCAAACAAUACCACCAUUUGUGUAUUGUCAACUUAGUGGUGGGCACUCUGUAUUGUGCCAAGUCCAAUUACGAAUUCGGUUUGUCGCGUAUUGCCCACGCAUUGGAGAAUGGUUCGGGGGCCCGGCUCUACGCCGAUACAUGGCUGCAUGUCAAGCGCUGCAUUUUAGGCCUUUUAACUGGUAUGGCAAAGCAGAACAUCAUCUUGGCCUAUCCAUCUGUACACGAAGUAAUGAGUUUCCUCAAAUCGUGUGAAAUCAAUGGCAUUUUUACACCGGCCAAUAUUUAUAGCGCAUCCGAUGAGGUGCCUGCAGAACCGCUGACAAUUGGCUUAGAGGCCCGCAAGUUGCGUCUGCUACUAUUGAAACUAAGCGAGUACGAGAAUGAUUGAGACAAAUGCUGCAAGCUUUCGUUUAAAUAUUUAAAUGGUUUAUUUAUUUAAUAUGAAUUUUACAUUACACUACACUUUCAAUUAACAAAAAAGUAACAAUAUUGUACGACAAGGAGAGUAUAGUUAUAUAUAAUUUGAUAAUAAAACAUAAAAUGAGUUUAGUGGUGAUUGGUAUCGGCAAAUGGAUGUUUAUGUUAAAGUGUAGAUAUAAUUUGCCCAAUUGGAAGUGUGACAAGAAAAAAUCAAUGGACAUUUAUAGAUUUAUUAGUAAUGUUGUUGUUUUUUUUUUUUUUGUUUUGCUAUUGGUUUGGUGUUUUCCCUGGUGACUGCUGAUAGAUGGCAGCCAAAGAGUAAUGCACGAACAAAGAACAAAUGGAUUGAGGGACAACUAAAAGAGGAUUAUGCGCGAUUUAAUGUUUCACAAUUAAUGACCAUUUGUAUGAUAAUGCGCUAUCGUUUAUUUCGGUAUGGAUUUAAAUCUCUUAAAAAAAAAACUGGCAAUAAAUGUCAUUUCCAUACCUCCUCAGGUCAGUGAAUUGGUUAAACGGGGGAGUGUGAAGGGGUUUCUAGUAUGUUGUAUAUACGAAUGGAUGAAUAAUGCACCAUGUUUGCGAUUAUUUUAAUUGUUUUUCGUUUGGAUCAAAUCUUCACAGACAAGUAUUUGUAUGUUUGUGUGUGUAUGUAUGUGUUUGAGUGUAUAAUAAAUUUUAUAGAAAAUUGUUUGGCUGCUUCUGGACCCAGAUGAUGAUGUUGUUGUUGUUGUUGUAUUAAUCAUCUGCCAACACUGCACUGCUGGCCAUUUCACUGACACCGCAUGAAUUAUCGCCGCGAUACACACGAUAAUAGCCCUGCUCACCCCAUUUGCUGCCCCAGGAGUUCUUGAUAAUCCAAUAGGGCAAAGUUUUAUUGAACAUGGGAUAGUCAGAGACACCAUAGCCCACAAUCAGUACACCAUGAUCGAGAUUUUUGUGGGAGCACAACAUAUGCCAGGGAUGUGACACACCGCCACGAUAGAAUUGCAUUGCAU